AUGGCAACUUUUACGACUUCUCCCAGCGUUCGGCAGGAAAAAUACGAUGUUUUUGUAAGUUUUAGAGGUCCAGACACCAGACGUAGAUUUGUUAGCCAUUUGAGAAAGCAGUUUCGACAAAAGGGGAUAGAGGUUUAUGUUGAUGAGACGGCAGAGAGAGGAGAUACAAUAUCACCUGCACUUUCGGAAGCAAUAGAAAGAUCAAGAAUUGCGCUGGUGAUAUUCUCAGAAAACUAUGCUUCUUCAAGGUGGUGCUUAGAAGAGCUAGUGAAAAUCAUGGAAUGCAGGCGAGACCAUAGCCAGACUGUAAUUCCAGUUUUCUAUGAUAUAGAUCCAUCACAUGUUAGGCAUCAAAAAGGAUCUUAUGAAGAUGCAUUUGUUCAGCAUCGUAACUGCAAAGUUGAUUCAAGGAAGUUGCAAGAUUGGAGAUCAGUCUUGAAAGAAACUGCAGACAUAUUUGGUUAUCAUAAUUCCUCAAAUUUUCAGGAUGAAUCUGAUCUUAUUGAUGAAAUAAUCAAAGAGGUAUGCAAAAAGCUAGAAGGUAAAGGUAAAGACACAGUGGAGCCAAUGGAACAUAUUGGAGUUGAGAAAAAUUUGACUCCUAUUGAAUUAUUUAUGAAAGAUGAAUCACAUGAAGUUAGAGUUUUUGGAAUUUGGGGUAAAGGAGGAAUAGGCAAAACCACCUUAGCUCAUGCCGCAUUUGAUAACUUUUACCACCGAUUUGAUAGGUCUUGCUUUGUCGAAAAUGUGAGAGAGAAAUCAAAAACGAUUGGAACGAAUUGUUUGCUUGAAAAAAUUCUCUCUGUUCUACUAGACGAAGAAAAGCUCACAAUGGUUGGAAUGCCUAAUGUUCAAAGGAGGCUACGUAGAACAAGAGUUCUUCUAGUUCUUGAUGAUGUAGACACCUCCAGUCAAUUACAAUAUCUUAUUGACCAAAAUAUUUCCUUGGGACCAAGCAGCAAAGUCAUCAUAACAAGUAGAGACAGGCAUGUUCUUAUUAGUGGAGGAGUUCAUGAAGUACAUGAGGUGAAAGAAUUAAGCAAGGAAGAAUCGCUUCAACUUUUCUGCCAACAUGCUUUCAAGCAAGGCCAUCCGAAACAAGGAUAUGAAAAGUUAUCAAUGCAGGUAAUUGAAUAUGCAAAAGGUCUUCCUCUGGCAUUAAAAGUUUUGGGCUCAUAUUUGAACUCUAGAAAUACAAAAGCAUGGGAGAGUGCCCUUAAAAAAUUGAGAAAGUAUCCCCAUGCAGAAAUUCAAACUGUAUUGAGGGUGAGCUAUGAUGGACUUGAGAAAACAGAAAAGAGGAUAUUUCUACAUAUUGCAUUCUUCUUCAGGGGAGGAAAGAAAGAAGAUAUUAUUAGGGUACUAGAUUCUUGUAACGAUGACCUCUAUGUGGAUAUUGGAAUAGAUAGGCUUCUAGAUAAAGCACUCAUAACUAGUUCAAGUGACAGCAGAAUAGAAAUUCAUGAUAUGCUACAAGAAAUGGCUGAAGAAAUAGUUCGUGAGGAAUCUAGAGAGCACCCUGAAAGUCGAAGUCGAUUAAAUGAUGCAAAAGAAGUUCAAGAUAUAUUGGAAAAUAAUAAGGGAACUGAUAUAAUUGAAGGCAUCGCAUUGAACCCAUACGAACAUCAAGUGCUUUGUCCUUUUGGUCUAGAGUCACUUCCUGAUAAACUAAGAUAUUUUUGUUGGAAACGUUGUCCAUUGGAGACUCUACCGCUUGGUUUAUGUGCAAAGAAUCUUGUUGAAAUCCAAAUGCCUUGUAGCAAAGUCGUAAAACUAUGGGACGGUGUGCAGGAUCUUACGAAUUUGAAGAAAAUAAAUCUUGCCCGCUCGAAGUUAAAGGAGUUGCCUGAUUUCUCCACGGCACAAAAUCUUGAAAUAGUGAACCUCAGCUAUUGUGGAAGUUUAUGCAGUAUUCAUCCAUCAAUCUUCUCUCUUCCUAAACUUGUUUCUUUGAAUCUACAGGGGUGCAAGAUAUUAAAGAGUCUUCACAGGGAUAACCAUGUGAAAUCUCUCAAGGAAGUCACACUGACGUUCUGCUAUGCUCCCGAGGAAUUUUUGUUGUCAUCAGAAGAAAUGAGAAGGCAUCUCACGAGCGUUGAAGUAAAUGCGCUAAGUUGCUUGACAUCUCUUAAAGUAUUCUCUCUUAAUGGUUUUGAAGGAGAAAUAGACAAAUCAAAAUUAGUCAUUCUGUUUGAUGCCUGGCGUUCGUUAGAAGAACUAAGGUUGAUGGGCUGUGGGGUUUCUGAGAUCCCUGACAAUAUCAGUGCCAUGUCAUUGUUGAAGAUUCUAUCACUACGAGGAAGCAGUGUUAAGAGUUUGCCAGAUAGCAUCAAGCAUCUUUCAGAGCUCAGAAAAAUUGAUUUGGGUAAUUGCAAGAGGCUUAGAUCCUUACCAGAACUUCCACCUUCCCUUACUCAUUGUUGUCUCAACGAAUGCCAAUCACUAGAGACCUUCGGUUUCCCACUAACGCGAGCAAUACAUAACUCUAGUGAGGUUAGAGUUUGUUAUCCCGGAAGCACAAUCCCAGGGGGCUUCAAAUAUUCUCAGACCGCUAAGAGGUCCAUUAGUAUUGAGCUUGCACCAACUUCUUCUGACCAUUUAUUGGGUUUCGCUUCUUGUUGUAUUCUUUCCUCAUCGACGAUACCAAGAGUUCACAGAAAAGUCCACCUUGAAGAUGAAAAGAUCUAUUACAGUAGUGACAGCAACAUAAUCCUUGAGGAUUGGAGUACAGAUCAUGUUUUGUUAUGGUAUGAUCCAGUGGAUCGCAUGUUGAAGGAAAACCAAAGAAGGCGAUUUGAUGAGGGCGCCACUUACAAGUUUGCAUGUGAAUUCUUCUACGAAGAUUUCUCCGGUCGUCUUGCGGAUGAAUUUAAUGACGGGAUAAAAAGUUGUGCAAUUUGGCUAAUAUACGCAUCAGAAUUACAGGAGAAAAUGGAAUUAAGGCUAGAGACAGAUGCUGUUACAGGCAGUACCAGCCAGCACCCUAAUGCUGAAGUGUCCCAACAUCAGCCAGCACAUUAUUUCGUUAGGAGAAGCACUCGUGUGCGCCAGAAGACAGGGAACUUGACCAUGAUGCCGUACUCUUUGAGAACGAAGAGAGGCCGAAAUGAGCGCACGGCCCCAAAGGACAACAAACGAAUCGCUCGAUAA